AUGUCGUCACCGGAAAAGCAGUCUCCGCCGCCGCAGUCGUGCACGUUUUUGUCGCUUCCAUAUGAUAUACAAUUAACUUGCGUAGCACGCAUCUCAAGGCACAAUAGCGCUAGUCACUGGUACAUUCUCUGCCGGAAACCUGACAAAACCCUAACUAAUAGCAUCAAGUCAGCUGGUUAUGUUUUGGCUAGAGUUCCAGUUCCAGUUCCAGCCCCAGCUCACCUCACUCACGUGUCCGUUGGUUCUUGUAUCUACAGCUUUUCUCGAUGGGGAUCAUUGAGCGUCUCCGUUAUGGAUUGCCAGUCUCACAUGUGGGCCGAGGCUCCAAGGUUCCCAGUUAACCUAGUUAUACGUUCUGCUAGCGUCUUUGAUCAAAAGAUAUAUGUAGCAGCAUUGGGACGCAACAAAGUCGGUGAUUCCUUUCCGAACUAUUUCGCAGUGUUCGACACGAAAACACAACAUUUGGAUCCUCUGCCUCUCCCUUGCACAGAUAAAAACUUCUGUUUACGAGACUGCUAUAGCGCAUGUAUUGACGGAAAGUUCUACGUGAUGGCGGGUGACUCAGAUGUGGCUGCUUACGAUCCCAAGGAAGGCAGAUGGGACCUAACUAGAUCAAGAAUGAGUAGGUUUAUGUAUGAUGAUUCUUAUUGCGUGAUAGGGAAUGUUUUGUACAGUUUUUUCUUCGAAAAGUUGCAAUGGUAUGACAGUGAGGGACGUAACUGGAGAGAUUUGCAGGGUUUGGUAGGACUACCUAAGUUACCUACUGCCCGUCAUGUUACAUUGGCUGAUUAUGGUGGAAAGAUGGUGGUUUUGUGGAAGAAUGAAACGACUUAUGACGACGACAUGUCUCACGGAUGCUCUUUUUUUUUUUGGUCGUGCGUCUCACGGAUGCUCUAG